AUUACUAUUCUCUCAAACUAGUUCAUACCCAAAUCCAUAAAUCUUGUUUUAUUCUCUCUUUUGGGUUCAAAAAAAAUAUACAAAUUAAGAAUUUAAAAUAUAAAUGGCAUUUUUUGGGAAGAAACUUAAAGCUAGUCGUUUGGCUGGCAAGAAACUUCUUUCAAAACAAAACUCAAAAAUAGAACUCACAAUUCCAUCACAUUUUCGGUGCCCGAUAUCUUUGGAUCUAAUGAAAGAUCCAGUGACAUUAUCGACUGGCAUCACUUAUGAUCGAGAAAGUAUCGAAAAGUGGAUACAAGAUGGGAAUCAAACGUGUCCGGUUACAAAUCAAGUUCUUACAAAUUUUGAUCAAAUACCAAAUCAUAUGAUUAGAAGAAUGAUCCAAGAUUGGUGUGUUGAGAAUAGGUCUCAUGGUGUUGAGAGGAUACCGACUCCUCGAACACCUUUAACAUCUUUCGACAUUAUGGAAAUUUGUUCAAAAAUGACGGUUUCGGCUUCAAAAGGUGAUGAAAAGAGGUGUCUUGCUUUGGUGGAUAAGGUAAACUUUUGGGCUAAAGAAAGUGAGCAUAAUAAGACUCUUAUUAAAGAUAAUGGACUUGGAUAUGUCUUAGCAUCUUCAUUCGAUUCGUUUUCAAGCCUUUCUUUUGAAAAACACGAGUAUAUUCUAAGUGAGAUUAUAUAUUUGUUAACAUGGAUGUUUCCUUUAGGGAUUGAAGGAAGAUCUAAGCUUGGAUCAAAAUCAUCUUUACAUUGCUUGAUAUGGCUUUUAUCUAGAGAUAACUUGUUACUCAAGAAAAGUUGUGCACAAAUUCUAAAAGAACUUCUAUCCACCGAUCCAUCCCACGUAAACAACUUAAUCGAUAUAGAAUGCCUUCCUCAAACCUUGAUCAACCUUAUAAACACACCGGAUUCCCAUUCGUCUAAAAAGUCAUCCUUUUCAAUCAUCUAUCACAUUAUUUCAACACCACUUGGCUUCAACAAAUUCUCUUCAAGUUUCUUGGAGUUGGGCCUUGUCGAAUUGAGCUUGGAAGCUCUUGUAGAAGCCGAUAAGGGGUUAAGCGAGAUGGCAUUAGGCGUUAUAAAUUGUAUAUCGGAUUCAAACCAAGGGAUGGAAAUAGUACAAAAACAUGCAUUGAGUGUGCCAUUGAUAGUAAAGAAGAUAUUGAGGGUAUCUUCUUUGGCUACUGAUUUUUGUAUCUCAAUGUUAUGGAAGCUUAUUAGCAAUAAUAUUGGUGACAAAAGUGGUUUGAUUAUUGAAGCACUUCAAGUUGGUGUAUUUCAAAAGCUUUUGUUAAUGUUGCAAGUCAACUGUGGUGAAGAGACAAAGAUGAAGGCAACUGAGAUGCUCAAAUUGAUGAAUCAAUACAAGAAUAAGUUGGAUUGCUUUGAUUCUGGAAAUUACAAGUAUCUCAGAAAGUCAUAUUGAUUUUGUAAUUAAUUAAUGUUAAUUAGUAACUCUUAACUAGGGUUUUGAAAGUUAAUUCAUGUGUAAAGAAUGAAAAUGUACGAGAUUUUCUAAUUUGCGCCCAAGUGUACACAUAAGAGGGCAAUUAAUACAUAUUCUUCUCGAAAUUGAAAUACUGUA